CUCUUGUGCCUCUCAUUUGGGUAUUUUGGUACUUCAUCGUAUAAGAGAGAGAGAGGAAGAGCGGGGUUUGUAACCUUUGGUUUGGGCUUCCCAUUUCUGAUUUGGGCGGAAAUCAAAUUGGCGAUCAAGCCGCCUCAAAUCACUGCCGUCGCCUUCGAUUCCUCCCAUUUUGUAAUCUCUUCCUCUGAUCGCUGCAUCCGAUUUAUUUGCCGUCGUCGUUGGUCGCCGGAGAUCGUGCAGUUUAGGGUUUCGACGCUUCUCUGGAGGAAAGUCGCAAUUUUCCCCCGGCCGGAAAGAGAAGCUUUGUGAUCGCCCGAAGAAGGUUGGAAAAUGGAAUGCAACAAGGAUGAAGCCCUUAGGGCAAAAGCGAUUGCUGAAAAAAAGUUCAUGGAAAAGGAUUAUAUGGGUGCCAAGAAAUUUGCCUUGAAGGCUCAAAAUCUCUUUCCUGCUUUUGAAGGCGUGAUCCAGUUGAUAUCAACUCUUGAUGUUUAUAUUGCGUCUGAACAUAAAGCUAACGGGGAGAAUGACUGGUAUUCUAUUCUCCGCGUGAGUUCUACAGCAGAUGAAGAUACAGUGAAGAAACAGUAUAGGAAGUUGGCGCUACUGCUUCAUCCGGACAAGAAUAAAUCUGUUGGUGCUGAGGGUGCUUUUAAGCUAAUUUCAGAGGCAUGGAGUGUCUUAUCUGAUAAAUCUAGGAGAAUGCUGUAUGACCAAAAAGUGCAGAAAUCUUUCCAACCAACCAAAAAUCAAACUGUUCCUGGUAACUUUAAUGGGUUUUACAAAUUCUCCAAAAACACUGUAAAAGCACACAUGGGGAAUGGUAGCACUAGGGUGGUUUCCGCAACCACCAAUCCGUCUCACAAGCCAUCAGCACCUGAAACAUUUUGGACAUCUUGUAAUAAGUGCAACAUGCAGUAUGAGUAUCUCAAGGUCUACCUUAAUCAUACUCUUCUAUGUCCUAGUUGCCACGAACCUUUUCUAGCUAAAGAGACAAAGUCUCCUUCCAACCAAUUUGUAAACUCAGUGCCAAUUUCUCAGCAGAGUCAACCAAACGACAACCAUAGUGCUCCCAGCAAAAAUGCCUCUGGUCAAGUGAGCAGUAACUCAAUGCCUCAGGGGAAAGAAACUACUGGGCUCCAGAAUGGAGCAAAUCCAGGCUCUUUCACUAACUCAAAUUUCCAAUGGCGUUCUUUUUCUCGAAGUGCAGGAGUUGCUAGUGCUACUGCCUCUUCAGCUGCUGCUGCACAGGCUGCAAAUGUUGUCCAUCAGACUUAUGAGAAAGUAAGAAGAAAACGUGAAGAGGCACAGGCAGCAGCUAGAAGGGAUGUGUCUCUUCGCAGGAAGAAUAAUGCUCUCAAGAAAAAUACUAAUCCCUCUGGAGCACCUAAUGCAGGUCAAAGUGUUGAUAUUCGUGUAACACAAGGGCGAGGCAUUAGUCAUGAUCCUGGGAGUGACAAAAGAGCUGUUCUGACACAACAGUUUCAUUCAUCUGGGACAAAUGAAGUGGGUGGAAAUUGUGGUGACUUAUUAAAGACCAGAAUGGCUGAGAGAGCAAACAAUCCUUACAUACAGUUCUGUCUUUUUAAUACUAGGAAGAUGUGGAUUGAGAUGACUAAGUCGGCAAUAAAAGAGAAGUUAAAAGAGUGGAAAUCUACUGCCUCUAUGAAACCUGAUGAGAAAGAAAAUGUUAAGAAGAAACAAAAGCUCUGUGAAACUGGUAAAGACGAGGGCAAAGAUGUAGCACAUGGGGAUGCUACUGGUCAAAAACAGACUCUUGAGCCACAGAAUGACACCAUUCAAUGUCUUAAUGAGAACAAACCACCUAAUUUCCAAUCCACUGAGUCAGAUGAUGAGACUAAUGAACCAAUGUCAAUCGAUGUUCCUGAUGCAGAUUUUCAUGAUUUUGAUAAUGAUCGUUCAGAGAAAGCUUUUCGAGGCGAUGAAAUAUGGGCUACAUAUGAUGAUGAGGAUGGUAUGCCUCGUUACUAUGCGCUAGUUCAGAAAGUUAUCACUUUGAAUCCUUUCAAAAUCCGCUUUAGUUUUUUGACAUCAAAAUCCAAUAGUGAAUUUGGCCCUUUGAAUUGGGUUGCUUCUGGUUUUCCAAAGAGCUGUGGUGAUUUUAGAAUAGGACGAUAUGAGGUGACUGAUACAAUCAAUAUUUUCUCGCACAAGGUUACGUGGGAAAAGGGACCUCGUGGUAUCAUAAAAAUUGUCCCAAGAAAAGGUGAAACCUGGGCGCUUUACAGAAAUUGGUCUCCAGAAUGGAAUGAACAUACUCCUGAUGAUGUUAUCUACAAGUAUGAUAUGGUAGAAGUACUUGAAGAUUAUAAUGAAGAACAUGGUGUAUCUAUUAUCCCUUUGGUCAAAAUUUCUGAAUUUAGAACAGUAUUUAGUCGUAACACAGAUCCCAAGCAAAUAAAGCGAAUCCAGAAAGAAGAGAUGUUUCGGUUUUCACAUCAAGUACCUUCACAUUUAUUGACUGGUGAAGAAGCUGAGAAUUCUCCCAAGGGAUAUUUUGAGCUAGACCCUGCAGCAACUCCUUUGGAACUUCUUCAGAUAAUCAAAGAUAGUAAAACAGAAGCAGUGGCAGAGGCCAUUGAGCCAACAGUUACCUAAUUGUUUAACUUGUUUGGCGAGGGAAAUUUUUUCUGGCUGAACCAAAUUUUCGUCUGCAAGUUGAAAUUUAGCUGGACUUAGAACAUUCUUUCAAUUAAGAGAUUACACAUUCUACUUAGCAAAGCGUCCACUGGUAGUUCCUUAUUCCUGUCCUGCAGGAUUGGUGUUCUGGUUGAAGAGGGCUAUAAGACAAGAGUUGUUGCUGAGAGAUGAGGACCUAACAGAUGUUGGGUUUGGACAAAGUUAUUCCAGGUAAAGGAAUAUAAACUAGAAAUGUCAAUGAGGUUGCUGAGGAUGCUGGCCAAAGGCAUAUGAUCGAAGGCAUUGGGUUGUUGAGGAUGCUCAAGGUUGUGCGGUGCAGUUAAGGAUGUGUGGUGAGUUUCUGAAGAUGUGUAAGGAGGAUGCCCAACCGCUAAGAGAGGCCUUAUCGUCAAGGAGGACGUCAGCAAAGCAGUAGUCUUGUUUUGUGGUUGAUGUCUUUAAUGCUAUAAUUAUUAAAUGGGUAUACAUAGACUUGGUAGUAAUCCUCUACACCUAGAACUGUUAAUGUGAGGCUAAACCCAGUAAACCAAUAUCACCUUAUUAAUCAAGUACCAUUGUCCUUGCUUUGUAAAUGUGUUGCUCUGAUGUCAAGGAGUUAAUGCUUGUGUGUUUUAUGAAAAUUUUAUUUAUGUUUUUUUGGCUUUAAUCAUGUCUUGGUCCAUAUGUUCUAGUUAUACAUCAAUCUGAUUAUAGAUCAAAUCUUGCUUCAACUUGAGGGGAAUGUUAAAUGUAUAAGUUAUUGUAAUCAUAUGUAGUGGGUUUAGUUUCAUAUUGUUCACAUUAGGCAUAUGGUAAAGUUGACUCUAUACUUUGUAAUAGUUUCCUUACAAAGAAUACAAUCUUGCACUAGUUAUGGCAGUUUCCUGUAAAGUGUGAUCCAUGUCCUCUUGUUACCAUUGUUUUUCCUUUUGGUGACGCAGUUAUUUUCUUAUGGCAUGGACUACAACCUUUGACAAACCUACAGGAGUACAUGUAUGAACUAUUUUUCAUGUCGUCCCCUCGGGACAGACAGUCGGCUAGCACAUAGUGGUGUUGUCAUCAUAAGGUCUGGGGUUAAAUUCUGGCUAGUAGUCGGGUGUCUACCCUCCCCUUUGCGCUAUUCAACUGUCCAAGACUGGUAGCCACCUAUGAUUUACCUCUUCCUUGUUGGCCUAGGAUAGGCUGACGGAGACGUUGGGGGCGAGCGCAUCGCCUUAUUCCAUCAUAAACUAUUUUCAUGUCUUUUUUAACUAUAUAUAUAAUAAAGCAUGCUAUAUUACCAAAUUUAGCCAACUUCAUUUUUGGUAUUCCUGAGCAAUGAAUACUAGAAUUAUUAAAGUUCAUUUUUCCAUCAAUGUGAACAAACAAACAUCCUUCACUGAGGGCUCGAAGUGGGAUAUUAGUUUUAUAAUAUAUUCCAUUUCUAUCACUUUCAUCUUUAGUUUUUCUAUGUUCUACAUAAUGUCUGUAAUGCUGCACCUCCAACCACGAUUGGAAGAGAAAUAUAUCAGCCAUUGUUGCUGAAGAAUUUCAGCUAGACUGUCUCCAUGUUUUAACAUAAUAUACUUGCAUACUUUGCUCUUAAUUUGGAAGGAGCAUGGAUAGGGUGCGCCCUUUGAUGCAUGCCUUUACAACUAGGUUUACUAUUUUAAUGAUCAGCUACUUUUGAAAAAUGUUAUUUCAUUAUGUGCAUUAUUGAUUAUCAGCAUAUUACUGUAUGGCAUUAAAAUAUAUAAUUUAAUAAUAUAAUAUUCUUAGAUUAUUUGAUCUGGUAUUUGAUUGUUUAUAAAAUAUGUUAAUAAUCUAAUAUUGUCUAUUAAGUGUACAUGUGAUAUUACUAGUAAUUUGACUUUCACUAUUAAUUGUAUUUAAAUUAAAUUAACUUAUCUGAAUUAUUGAUUUAAAUAAUAAUUAGCGAUUAAUUAUUAAGUAAUUAAUUCUUGCUAAAUUUGUUUUAAAAGUGCCUGCAGCAAGAACUAUCAGAUGACUUAAAUUGUCUGCUUUCAAGAAAUCAAUAUUGUGCUUCUAUUUUAAAUAGCAAACCUGAUCAAUGUUAUCAAAAUAAAAUUAGAGAUUGAUUGACCAUUUAUGCCAUCCAUAUGCUAGAUAAGUCUUUGACAUGAGCCAAUUUUGCAAUGUUUUUAAAACUGGACCCACUGGUCUCAAUCGGUUAAACUAGGAACCAGCAACAAAUCUGAUCUUGUUUGAUUGGAAAACUGUUUGCUGUAAAAACUGGUAAUUGACUCCUUUUAAGUUAUUGGCUCUUUGGUUUGGUGGUUGUGUUACCCUCUCACAAAAGGGGCAGUUCAACUUGGUGUCGAUGCAAGCUUACCUUUUUUAUUGUAUUAGUAUGAGUUUAUAUACAUAGGGUAUGGAUAUAAUUCUGUUUGUAUAUAUAUAUAUAUAUAUAUAUAUAUAUAUAUAUAUAUAUAUAUGAUGGUUAUGGUGUCAUUUUCCUGUCAACCGGUUCGACCAGUUCAGCCAAUAUCAGUAAUCUUGUUGGAUUGAUCUUCGGUCUAAUUUUUGGAACAUUGCAUUUAUGCCAUAAAUACUUUAGCCAUUCAAUGCACCGCCAUACUUGUUCUCUAUAAAAGUUAAUGGAAUUAUCUUGUCUUAAGAUAUCUGAUUUAACCAUAUCUUUAGAGUUGGUUUCUCUCUUACUAGUUAGAAUGUGAUUUAUAAAAAGGGUAAAAUACAUAUGUAAAAUCAUUGAGUCUAUCUUUCUAUCUGAAAUUUACAUGUAUAAUAAAGUUCAUUUAAACAAAGAAAUACCUAAAACUUUCAUCUAUUCAGAAGCUUUUGAUGUAUGUUGCCAGAAUGGUGGACAACUGUAAACCAUUGUUAUUGUUAAAGGAAAGGGAUUAUUUGAUAAUUCAUGUUGAUUUGUAGUGAUUCUUCCAGUUCAUCAAUGAUUAUUCGGAAUCCAUCCCUGACAUCUUCUUGAUUCACUAUGGUUUAUUUAAGUUUAACAUAUUGGUAUAUGUAUUUCCUUCUAUUUAUGUCAGUUUAUUAAAUAGUGCAUCAUGUAGCCGUCAGUUUACCAUAAUUGAAUGCAGUAAUACUAUUUCUUCGCUUAUACUAUCAAUCAUGUACUUUUACUUUAAGAACAAUUAGACUAUAACCGAUGCCAUGUGUUUUAGGCAUAUAUGCUGUAUCAUAAGUGGCCUGCAUAUGCAUUUGAAAAACCGUUUUUGUAGGUUGAACUAAAUUGACUAAAAGGUCCAACUUAUCCUAUUUUGGCAGUUUGCAAGUCGGACUAUUUCGAGUGAUAAAUUUUUUAAAUAUCAAUAUAAAUAUUGUAAUAAAAUAUUGUUUAGCAAUUAGUAUUAGUGCUGAUUGUAUAUACUCCAGCAUACACAUUCUAUGCUUUGGGUGGACUGCAUAAUGUCUACUCACGCCUUUUGAAACCUUGUUUUUAGGUUGUAUAUGAUGUUGCAAAUGAGCUAGGACUGUCUUGUUAAUUAGGCUCUUCUAGAAAACUCCAGCUGGAACAGAGCUGAUAAACUGAACACAAGUUUUUUAUGAUCACGACCCACUGUCUUCAAUCAUGUGGACGUCAGGUUUUGACAGUCAUCCCUAGAGUUCAUUCUUUUUGCAAGCCUUUGGCAUAUAGAUUUUAGUAGUUUCUUCAUCGCCAACACGAUCCUUUAUUGAUAGCCUCUGACAUCAUGUAUAGUAUAAUACCUCUGAAAGCUAUUGUCUAGCAGGAAAUGAAGUUUAUUCGGUAGCCAAAGAUACUAUAUGUUUCAUGUUUGGAAUCUGUUUGUCAGUAAUCCUUUGUGUCACCCAGCUGGUCGUUUUGGGUAGCUGUUAUUGUUUAACUAAUCAAGGAUUUUGAAUUUCA